AUGUCAAGGCCAGCGGCGCGGAAAGCGGCGCCCAAGGGCGAGUACAUCGAGACGGACUCAGGCAACAAAGUCUCCCGCCGCAGCGCCAUAACGGGCACAGCCAACAUCACACUUGGCGGCCGCACCGUCAUCAUGGCCGAUGUGCAACUCCGCGGCGACCUGCACCCGACACGCAGUGCGCCCUCGCAGUCGGGUAAGGACGUGACACCGACGAGCAUCAGCAUCGGGCGGUGUACGGUGAUUAGCCAAGGCAGCGUGAUUAAGCCCCCCAGUAGAAUUAGUAGGGGCCAGGUACAUUACUAUCCGAUGAAGAUUGGGGAUAAUGUUUUUGUUGUAGGACCUAAUUCGACUAUCCAAGCCAUAUCCAUCUCCUCUCACGUGCACAUUGGGAAUAACUGCACCAUUGGUCCGUUUGUCAUUAUCAAGGAGAAUGUAAAGAUACUGCCUCAUACGGUUGUACCUGCAAAUAUGGUCAUCGCUUCUGGCUCUGUCAUCGGCGGCCGGCCCGCGCGCGUAGUCGGCGAUGUAGGCGAAGGGUGGGGUGUUAGUGGUGGCGGAGGCGGCGGACUGGGUGUUGGAGGCGGAGGCGAGGAGAAGUGGGUUGAAGGUGGGGAUUUGAGGGAGUUGGUGAGGAGUAUACGGUAA